UCCAAAUCACAUUCGAAAUAAAAUAAAAAGUAUUUCCCUGAGGAUCAACCGAUCAAGUUACACAGAACAUAAAAUUUUUCUAUUUCAACAAAACAAAGCAAAACAAAACAAAAGAGAGAGAAAAUUUCAAGGGUUUAACCACCACACGCAAAAAACCCCCAACAAUUCCAAUUGGAUCAAUUCGUGAUUUGCAUUGUUUCAACACACAAGUUCUGAACAUGGAGCAGCAACAACUCGACGAAGAAACAGGCACAAAUUUCAGACUCGAUUUAUUAUCAUCAUUAUUAGGUCAACAAAUUGCAUCAGGAAUUCUAAAUUACAACACAAUUGAUGAUGAUGAUGAAGAUCGUGUUCCGAAUUCAUGCCCCCAUCCUGUUUUUAUCGGAAAUUCGUGCACUAAAUGCGGUCAAGAAACAAACGGUACGAUUUCUACGAUACCCUUUUGGUACAUUUACCCUAGAUUAAAUGUAUGUUUGAAGGAGGUUAAUCGAAUUCGAGAUACCAAUUUGCAAAGGUUAUUAUCCCGCAGAAAGCUUCAUUUAGUUGUUGAUUUGGAUCAUACGCUUGUUCAUACACGGAAGUUGUACAAACUUAGUCCAGAAGAUAGGAACUUUCUUCGACUUAGGUCAAAAAGAUAUGGAGUUGAUUAUAAUUUGGCAGGGGAAUUAGGUACAUUGUUUCAGGUGGGUGAUGGGUGGACGAAAUUACGGCCAUUUGUUCGCGAAUUUCUCAGGGAGGCGAGCACGAUGUUUGACAUAACAAUAUAUACCCUAGGGUGUCGUGCAUAUGCUUGGGAUAUGUCGAAAUUGCUCGAUCCUGAUGGGAUGUAUUUCGAUAAUUGGAGGGUUAUUUCAAGGGAGGACUGUGUUGCUUUAGACAAGCACAAGAAGUGUCUGGAUGUUGUUUUGGAACACGAACGAGUUGUUGUGGUAAUGGAUGAUAAUGAAGCCGUUUGGGAGGAUCAUAAGACUAACUUGUUUAAAGUAACGCCUUAUAAUUACUUUUCUUAUUUUAGUCCUGAGGAUAAAGUUCAUGAUGCUUCCCCUCCGAGGCUGUCUUGGUCUCAGCUGAAUGGGGACGAAAGCGGAGAAAAUGGAGUGCUAGCAAUGGCUUUAGAUAAGCUAAGGCUUGUUCAUCAGGCUUUCUUUGAUGAUAAUUCGACUGUCAAGGGGAUUGAGGAUUAUGGUAACAGGGAUGUAAGGCAAGUUCUUCAAAGGGUACUGAUGAAGCAAAAAUCAUUGUCUAAGAAGCAAAAGAAACAACAAUUGAAGAAGAUUAAUUAUAAUGGGUUAGCACGAAAUCUACAAGCUGCACAUCUUUGAAGAUGUGUAACAUAUGAUAGCAUCGUAGAAACAAGUGUACAUACCCAUGUGAGUCAUGGAGUGUCAGGGUUGUCCCUGCAGCUAAGCUAGAGGUACUCGAUUUGCAAUCAAGAAAUAUAAUAUCUUGGCAUUGCUCUGUAAAUGUUAUGCAGUUUAGUUAUUGAACCAAUGGUGAAACUAGAUGUGUUACAAGUAAUAAACUAAAAACUUAUCCUUUGGCUUUAUGCUGCUAGUGAUAUGAGCUAAUUUUUGUCAACUGUCCUGUUUUUGAACAGUCUGUGUUUGUUACAA